AUGCCUUCCGGAUCUGAGGAAGACGAUAUCAACUUUGGACAGACCUAUCAAGAUCUUGUCAGAGCGGAACAAACAGCAAGUGAACUUGAGGCCCGCUUAGACAACCUCGACGAUCAGCUCGAAGCUUUGAUACGAGCCAGCAACUUACCUCCAGAGCUAUUUUCUAUGGAUGAAGAAACCUUGAAGGAAACCCUUGAAGCGGCAAGUGCAAAGAAAGAGAAGCAGGAGGAAGCAGUGCAGAGUUCUAACAACAUCAAGAAGGAUGGUACCAUGAGCCAGGCGAAUGGGACGGAAGGGCGGCAAGAUAGUUAG